AAUUAUGGAAUAAGAGGAUACAACACCAAUCAAUAUCAAUAUCACAGAAUCUAUCGCAUCAAAGCAUGUGUCCUAUAACAUUAAAGGAGAGGAUAGAAUAGGUCAAUUUGAAGCAUUGCGUCGUUACAAUGACUUUCAUGUUCUGAGACUGACUUUAUUACAAAGAUGGCCAGGAUGCUAUGUUCCUCCAAUUCCAGCAAAAUAAGCUCUAGUAUGAUUAUUAUUUAAUAGUGUAGGGAAAUAAUGAAUAAAAAGUAGUUGAGGAUCGUAAAAGAUUCCUGUAAUAUUUCCUAGAAUAAGUGGCUAAGUUAAGACAUAUUUACUUCUCUGAUGAAUUUUAGACCUUUUUAAGAACCAAGAAUACUGACAUGGAGAAAGUAAUCUGAUAUGUUUGAUAUUAAUAGGCAUUACAAGGAUUACCAAAAUAAUCUAUAUAAGAAGUGUAUGAAAAAUUUAAGAAAAAUUUCCCUCAUUUGAAUGGAAGAGAAGUGAAUUCAGAUUUAAUUUUGAAAGUGUCCAGCUUCUCCACUUAUUUAAACAAAACAACUAAAUAAUUAGAAAGUCUUAAAGAAUAAGUGAAAUUAUUGGCUGCAGCAAAGAAAUAAUACACCGAUUAAUUUAGUAUAACAAGUCUUAUAUAUUAGACAUAAUGACUUAAACAAUUGUACCAGAAUAUGAGAAAAAUAUUCUAAUUGAGUAUGUGAAUCAUAAAACAGAAAAUCUAAUUUUUACAAAUCACAAUGACGUAAAUGUUACCGCAAGAGAAAUUGUAUAAUUGAUAUAAUAUUUCAGAAAGACUAAAAUGCUCAAACAAACAAUUAUGAUUACCUUGUUGAUUUGUUAAGAAUUGAAUGUAGGGAAGUAGAGGCAUUUUAAGAAACCUUGAAGUAGAAAGAAUUUGUAGACAAUUUGAAAGCUUCGGCAUAACAAAAAUUAAGAGAUCAAAAUAGUGAGCUAGUGAAAUUAUAGGCUGGUAAAACCACUCUUAAGUCCAUGUUUUCAAAAGGAUCAAACACAGAAUAAGCAUAGACUUUAGAGAAGAAGAUCUAAGAUGUAAAUAAUAUAUUAAAUUUAACAGACACAAAAUGAAAUUAAAUUAUUGGAAGAUCUUUGCAUUAUGAUUACAUCCAUAUUAUGCUUUGAUGAAAUUGAUAGAUUUAAAAAGAACAAAUAAAAUAAAUAUUAUGAAAUUUUAAUUAAGGUCAGCUAAUUGGAAUAAUAACUCAAUUAAUUAGUAAUUAUUAUAAAAAUAAUUCUAGUACAUUAAAUUCUGGUCUGAAGUAUCAAAAGGAACAGAAGCAGAAGUAGUUGUUUGAAAACAUAAAAUAUAAAUAAAC